AUGCUCGCGCCUUCCGCAAGGGCCGUGCAGCGCAUUGCUCUGCGUGCUCGCUCCGUGCGGGUAGCAGCAGCAUGGCCCAGCUCGGCUCCAUCACGGCUCUCGCUCCGGCCAUACGCAACGACACACGCCCCUGCAUCCUCGUCACCCCAGCAGCGUGACCAACGAGCCAGCGAGAACGCAUUCUAUGGCGCUUUCCCUGCACGUACACACGUCUGUGGGGAGCUGCGUCCCGAGCAUGAAGACCAGGAGGUCAUCCUCACGGGCUGGAUCCAGUCGUCCAGACAGGUCUCCAAGCAGCUCGCAUUCUUCACAAUGUUCGACCACUCCGGCUCUGUGCAGCUCAAAUUGCAGCCUACCGAAGCAUCCCCUGCGCUGCUCGAGUCGUUGGCCGCAGUGCCUUCACAGAGCGCCGUUCUUAUCCGUGGUCGAGUGGCACUGCGCCCCGUCCAGGACUCGAAAGCGACCAUGGGCACCGGUGCUGUCGAAGUCAUCCCGCAUAGCUUUACGCUUCUCAAUCCAGCUACUCGCGACCUGCCAUUUCACCCCUCCGACUCACUGCAUGCCGACGGCGUUUCGACCGAGCUCCGUGCGCGUUACAGGUAUCUCGACCUGCGUCGUCCCUCGCUGGCAAGCAACAUCCGGCUCCGCAGUCGAAUCACGCACGCCGUCCGCAACCACCUCUACGACAACGGUUUCCUGGAAAUCGAGACGCCUGUCCUCCUUCGGUCUACCCCCGAGGGCGCACGCGAGUUCCUCGUGCCUACCAGGACGUCCUCUUCCGAGCCGGCGUUCUACGCUCUGCCGCAGUCGCCGCAGCAGCCCAAGCAGCUGCUCAUCGCAUCCGGCGUCACGGACAGGUACUUUCAGAUCGCAAAGUGCUUCAGGGACGAAGACGGACGCAAGGACAGACAGCCCGAGUUCACCCAGAUCGACCUCGAGAUGGGCUUUGUCAGCGGCGGGCCCGAAUCCGCUCCGGCGCAAGCUGCUACGCUCCUGUCUCCAGUGGAUGGGGGUGUUGAUCAAAGGGACGCUGGCGGCGCAUGGAGGAUCGGAGGUCAUCAGGUGCGCGAUGUGAUCGAGCGUCUUGUCUCGCGCAUCUGGCAGGUGGCAGGUCGAGGCGAAUUGCCAACCCACUUUCCUGUCAUGUCGUACUGGACUGCAAUGACGCGCUAUGGAUCCGACAAACCCGACCUGCGCUACGAUCUUGCCCUCCACGACAUCUCGAGCGGCUUUGUCUCCUCUACCGAUCCUGCUGUGGAGCACGAACCGCGCAGCAUGAGCCUCGAGGUGCUGCCUUACCAAGUUUCGGCCUCGGGCGGGCUGUCCAAGAAAGAACUCGACACCUUGCUGGUUGGGUUCAAGGGGCGUGUGGAGAGGUUCCGCAUUGCGUCGUCCGAAAACAUCUACGAGCUCGCUGCGCUUUUGCUCAAAAAGAGCGCGCUCACCAGGACGUUCCUGCAGGAGCUCGACGAUGUCUCGGCAUCCGAGAUUGAUGUGGAGCAUCUCGCCACGACGCUUCGAGCAGCUAUUGGCGAUACGAGCGAUGGUGCUGUGGAUGUGUUUGUAUCGCUCCGCAAGGAUCCUCCCGAGGGUGGGAGCACAGUGCUUGGAGAUGUGCGCAAGCAGCUCGCCGGGAUGCUGGAAAGAAAGGGCCUGUUGAAGUUAAAUGGCGAUGCGUUUGUGUGGAUCACAGAGUUCCCACUCUUCACACUCGCGGACGAAGACAAGAACCAACUCGCCUCGCUCUCGUCCACCACCUCGACGACAAGGUGGCAGUCCAGCCAUCAUCCUUUCACCGCCCCCGUGGCGGAAGACAUCCAUCUCCUAACGCAAGAUGCACAAGACAUCGCAAAGGUUCGUGGUCAACACUACGACCUCGUCCUCAACGGCCAAGAAAUCGGUGGCGGAUCGGUUCGAAUCCACUCGGCAAAGUUACAGCAGACUGUCUUUCAACGAGUGCUCAGGUUGGAUGCUGCCGAACAGGGGAGAUUUGCACACCUCAUCCAUGCACUCGAUUGCGGAGCCCCUCCCCACGGCGGAAUCGCCCUGGGCUUCGAUAGACUCAUGGCAAUCCUCUGCAACACAGACACCAUAAGAGACGUCAUCGCGUUCCCAAAACAGUCGUCCGGUAUCGACCCCCUCUUCGCAUCCCCCGCUCCCAUCGCCGAUCCGGCAGAUCACCAGGAUAAAACUGAUACCCUCCUCCAAAUGUACCGCCUCGCAAAAGCAUCCUCCUCAAAGUCCUAA